AUGACGACGAAUGCCUCGGAGGCGGGUGCGUCCGCUGUCGAGAAAGGGGCUAGUGCUGAAAAGCUGGAUGAUAUGAAUAAGGAAGAAACUCUUAGUGAGGUGGGCGAAGAAGAGCUGUAUGAGUCUGAAACGCCGUCGGAGAGUGGUACAGAAGGUCUCACAUGGAUCUCAUGGUUUUGCUCAUUGGCUGGGCAUCAGUACUUUGCGGAGGUAGCCGAGGAUUUCAUUGACGAUGAUUUCAACCUGACGGGCCUCAACUUCCUGGUCCCCUUCUACAAGGAAGCGUUAGAAAUGAUUCUUGACAUUGAGCCACAGGACUCACUAAAAAUCCCUGAUAUAUCCAUUGUUGAAUCGUCUGCAGAGUUGCUGUAUGGCCUAAUUCACCAGCGAUACAUUAUCACACGGCAGGGCAUGCAACAGAUGGUGGAAAAGUUUGAGAGUGGACACUUUGGCAUGUGCCCUCGCGUGUAUUGCAACUCGCAGUUCACGCUUCCAUGUGGCCGGUCGGACUUGCCGGGCCUAGAUACUGUGAAACUGUUUUGCCCCAACUGUUUGGAUACCUAUACACCACCUAGUAGCCGCUUCCAUGGCAUUGACGGCGCCUUUUUCGGCACAACAUUCCCUCACCUUCUUCUGCAGUGCUACCGUGACCUUGCGCCGUCGAUUCUUGCGCCGCUACCUGUGCUAGAACAUGAAGAACAUGGGGUUGAAGCCCCUAAGGGCGAAAUAAAAAAGACGGUCUCGCCUAUGGAUGAAACUAGCACGGCGCCCUCGUCGCCCAAGCCACAGACGUUGACCUAUUCGCGACUGGGUCGGAAAGUGCCGCAUUCUGGCAUAUAUACACCACGCAUUUAUGGAUUCAAGGUCAGCCCCUUCGCAGUAAAUGGGCCACGUAUGCAAUGGCUGCGUAUGCGACCGACCACGCUGCAAGAAUUGGAGUAG